UUACUCCCCGUACCUCUUCACAUUGCUGCGCUCCUAUCCAAUUGAGCUUUGGAUGAAUGAUGGCACAAAAAACGCCUAUCCUGCUCCUCAAAACCAAGUCGGUUCCCGGUGACGCCUACGAGGAGUUCUUUUCCGCCCCUCCCGAUGGCGCCAGCUACGAACCCUCGUUUGUCCCCGUGCUCAAGCACCAGUUCGGCAACGAUGGGAUGGCCAAGGUGCGAAGUGUCCUCCAAAACAGGUCGAUAAGCACGGCAGAGGGUAGCGCAUACGGCGGCCUCAUAUUCACGUCCCAGCGCGCCGUUGAGGCCUUCACGAAGCUUGUCGAGGAAAGGCGAGGUGAAGAUGACUGGCCUCAUCUCCAGGAUGUACCCAUCUACAGCGUCGGGCCGGCAACCACGAGGGCUUUGAAGGCCGUGCCCCAGGUGCCUCCCCUCCAGGUCUUCGGCGAACACACUGGGGUCGGGGAUAAACUGGCCCCUUUCAUCCUCGAGCAUUACGGGGAGUGGUACAAGGACCGCGAGUCCAAACCCCCGUUGCUGUUCCUCGUGGGCGAGAAGCGGCGGGACGUUAUCCCCAAGGUGCUGACGGCGGCAGGAUGGCGGGUGGACGAGGUGGUUGUCUACGGCACCGGGGAACUCGAGUCUUUUCGGGAAGACUUCAAGUUGCGUCUUGCCGACACAGCAGACCGACCAAGGAGAUGGGUGGUCGUGUUCUCCCCGAGCGGCUGUGAUAGCAUGCUGAGUGCUAUGGGCCUCCUCGACGAGACUACGGGGAGGGCUAAGGCUAAGCAGCCCGGCCGGAACACGUUGAUUGCUACAAUCGGGCCUACCACCCGCGAUCAUCUGAUCCAGGAGUUCGGGUACGAGCCCGAAGUUUGUGCCGAGCAGCCCACGCCAGAGGGCGUCUGGCAGGGCAUUGCCCGCUACAGCAAGAGCCUAGAAUAGGAAGAGUCUAGAACACUUGACAGCGCUAAUGGCAUGAUAGCAUCCAGCACGUGAGAGUCAGAAAAUACUACCCAGCCCUUGCCUCCCUAAAAGUCAGGAUUCGGGGGGUGACGAAGUGCGUUGUCUGAGUUAACGGUUCGCCAAUGGCUUCCCCGCAGGAACCCAGGCCCAUGCAAUCCUCAAGUACAGGUACCAAGGAGUCGUCGACACUUUGGGUGUCCCUCACACAGUGCGCAAUCUAUAAGGCUGACGCAAGACUGCUCUAAG